AUGGACAGGGAAUUGGUGACACUUUGUUCAGAGUUUUUGAAUAGCGAGACGAACACGACGGAGACAGUGAUAGAGUGGAGGAUGGCGGAAUUGAUAGCGAAUGAGGAAGUUCAGAGGAAGAUUGUGGAAGAAAUUAAAGAGACGGUUGGUGAGAGAAAAGUAGAGGUAACCGAAACCGAGAGGAGGAGAAAAAGAAAGGAGAAGAAGAAGAAGUCGCCGCCGUUGAAAUUUCCUGUUGUUCCGCCGCCGUCCGUCGCCGACCGCCCUCGCCGUUGUUCCUCGUCGCCGUCUGCCACUUUAGCCAUUAUGUCAUAUCGACGAUCAAAUUUUAUGGAGACGGACGAUAUGUUCCUCCAGUUUGAGGACAAUUUAGAUAAUAACAUCGCAGGAGGGUCAUCAUCUGUGGGCGACAAUACGGGGUCUUCUUCUCAACAAACGACUCCGACUCCUAGGAGACGUGCGCAGUCUCGACUCUUGGAGUUAGAGCGCCACGUUGCAAUAAAUGGGCGCAUUCCGAUGACGAUCGCCCCUAGAGCGGAAAAGCCUAUUUCUCCACACGUCGUUCGCUUCAGCCAGGCGAUAGGCGUGUGCGUGCGAAAGACAUUUCCCGUCCGCUGUCUUAAGUGGACGGACGUUGAGAGAGAAUACAUUGAGGUCGUCAAGGGCGACCUCCAGCGAUUCUUUGUGCUUGAUUUCAAUGAUCAAGCAAUGAACAGGUUUGUUGAGCAUCAGAUGCUCACGAACUUUAAAGAGUUCCGGGCCGACUGUCAUAAACAUUUCAAAAAGUACAGCGACCCGGAGGAGGCUCGUGCCAACCCACCAAACGCAUUGGUUGGACGUGAUGAGGAUUGGCACUUCCUCUGCGACCAUUAUAUCAGCCGUGCAUUCCAGGAGCAAUCACGGACAAACAAGGCUGCUAGACAGAAGCAGCCUUACAAUCAUAGUAGCAGGUCCAAGUCGUUUCUACAAUUACAGUAUGAGCUCGCUGAAAGAAGAGGGCAGCCGGUCGAUCGUGUGGAAUUGUUCCGGGAAACACACGUUCGAGCUGGGACAUUCGUAUCGCAAGCCGCCGAGGAUGCGCAUAAUCAAAUGCUGGAACUCCAAUCCCAGCCUAUCCCAGAGGGUAGUCAGCCACUCUCUGAGGAUGAGAUAUGCGAUCAGGUGUUGGGUAGACGACCAGGCUACUCAAAAGGCCUUGGUUGGGGACCCAAGCCGAAGGCCCGCAGAACGGCAAGUGCAAGCAGUUCGUCGACAUCUUGUUCGCAGUCCACACAAAAAGAGAUUGAAUUACAAGCUAAACUUCAUGAAGCUUUGGAACGGAUUGAAGUACAAGAUAGAAAUCACCAAGCAUUAGCUUCACAAGUGGAAGCUAUGAAAAAGAUGAUUGAAGACCUAACUCGUGCACAACAGGGACCACCACAUGAUCCCUAGCUCUGCGGACCGAAGGUGUAGAAUGACGCGCAUACGCACCUCGUUGGGAGAUUUUUCAUUAUGUUUAUGUUUUUUCUAUAUUGAGAACUAUAUUUUGUUGUAGUCAACUUAUUCGUAUUAUUAAUUUUAAUUCUAUUUUUUAAAUUUGUGUUUGUAUAUUUAUUAAUUUAUUUUAAUUUAAUCCAAAACGUCGCAAAAUUUUUU